AUGAUACUCUCUAUCAUCCGCACCUGGGUCUGUGAUGUCGUUUGGCCUUCCGCAACUCAGCAGUCGGACGAGUCCAAGAAUAUUGCAGGAUCACAGCUCGAUAAUCCCCACCCCCUUCGAACGAAUAAAACGGGACUUGGAUCAUCUCUCAAUGCUCAACCUCCUCGAACGGAUGAACAGUAUCACAAUGUUGAACCUCGAAUGGACAAAAUAGGGCCCGCGAAUAUGCCUGGACAAUCUCUUACUGAAAAUUCUCCAUUUCCCCAUGAUCCUUAUCUUGGUCUCCCAGUAAUUGGAAAUGGUAUGACUGGGAUUGUUCUUAAGAUGGGGGAAGACCGUGCUGUUAAGAAAGCUAAGCAAUAUCAGCCUGGAUACCUCCAAGAUCGCGAGGAUGUGGAAUACAUGAACGAAAUAAAUCGACAAAUUCUGGAGAAUGAGAUCCAAGUCUUUGAACGUCUGGGCAGCUAUAAAGGGAUUAUUCCUUACUUUCAAACAUCCCAGUACGGGAUUGAGCUAGCUCUUGCACAAGGAAAUCUUGAGUGCUAUCUAGAAACCUAUCCAGAGCGCGAGGAUUCCUUGAAAAUCAGCUGGAUGUCAGGUCUUAUUGAGACUUUUGCCCAUGUCCACUCUCGCAAGGUAUUUGUGGAUGAUAUUGCUCUCCGCAAUAUCUUAAUCCUGGAUGGGCAGCUUAAACUUGCAGAUUUCGGACAAUCCAUUUUAUUACCACUUGACAUCGACAUUGCUUCUGCAAAUGAGAACGACUUGAAUGUUCAGAUUGAGACACUUCAUCUUGGUUGGGUUCUCUACUCUAUUGCAUCCUGGCAUGUUCAUAAAUACUAUUUCUUCAGCCCCGAGAACCCUGACCUCUGUUGGCCUGAACCAGGCUCAUUCCCAAAUGUUGAUGAUGUUCUAUGGGGGAGAAUAAUCAAGAAGUGUUGGCAUGGCAAAUAUGGGAGUAUGGAUAAUGUGAAAGAUGAGGCUCACCAAUUGCUCACUAGCCAGCAUGAGGGGUGUGAUCCUGGUGACGAUUCUCUUGCCUAA